AUGGUUGAGCCAUUUGCGGCUGUCCUCAAUUCCUUUCGUCCUGGUCGCGCGACCGUGGCUGCUUCUCCCUCCUCGUUGGCAAGAGCAUUCAAUGGAUACACGAAUCACACGCGUCCCUCAUUGGUAGUCAACUUCUUUACACCCAGCCCUCGCAGCGUAAAGGGGAAGGAGAAAGCCGCGAACUCUUUUGACGGUUCAUAUCCAGGUUCCGUGUUGCAGUGUCAACAGUGGUCCUUUUGCGUUUCCAGGCAUUCAGUUAACUGCCCAGCUCGACACCAAUUGCGAAUGCUGGAUGAGCUGUCCUCUACAAGGGCCCCUCGCCGAAAGACCAACCGGCUCCCGAACCUUCGCCGCAAACCGUUUCCAAAAUGCUUCAUUACAGACAUCGGAGGACAAAGACGACAUACGUCACAGGACUCUCAGGCUUCGCAAUCGGACACAGAAACGCCGACGCCAGCCGAAAUCCCUACUGAAGCCGCCAAAGAAGAGGCCAUGAUUCGCCUUCGGUGGUACGCUCACAAGGAGUCAGAUCAUUUUCCUGACCUUGAGGAUGCUUGGAAUGCCUACACAAUCGCCUCGAACAGGGACACUUUGUCGUGCAUGAAAGCUGAUGAUCUCUACGCUUUUUUGGAAAAGUUGAUCACCAGUGUUGAAAGGCUGGCUAAAGGUGGCCUAUCCUCAGAUGAAAUGGACGACUGGGCGUAUCGAAUACGAACUAUUCUCGAUCUUCCUACGCUUGAGGUUGAAUCCAUAUCCCACCGAUGUCUUGUCGUACGCUCAUUGGCUUUGGGAGGUGAUGUUGAAGAAGCAACAUCCAUCAUAAAGAUGGAUCCCGAACUUCGUGACAAGCUCAUUGGAUACGAGGCUAUCAUUUCAUCUAUCUCUCGAUACUCUGAUCCCCUUCGCCUCUUUAAGUUCCUGUCGGAAAGCUGGUCUGUGAUAGGUCCACCUCUAACAUGGGCACCAAAGCCCACAGAUCGCUCUCAACGUGCGGACAUCACUCGGUCUCUAUACGAAACAGUUGUGAAAGCUCUGUGUGCUGUGGAUCAGCCAGCUCUUCUACUGGUCGAGUCAAAAACUUGGGAGAAAUUUCAUCGGCAACACAUCGUCAACUUCGUGAUCAAAGUGCUUUGCAAAAGCCAGCCUGAAACUGCCCUGAUCGUGUUAAAUGAAGCACAGCGACAAGGUAUCAACACCCCAGCGACGGUGCAAUUGCACCUUGUGCGCCAACUUGCUCUGAAGGAUAUCUUUGAUCCUGCGAUCAAACUCUUCGACUUAUUCCCUUACGACCCAUCUAAUUCAUUCUACCUGAUGGUAGGACUUCAACUGUAUUCGCGUCUCGGAGACGUCGCGUCUGCUGAACGCUAUUUCCAAGAGCUUCAAGAUGGUCAUAGGGUUGCGGCAUUUCAUCAGGCCCUAUUGCUUCAUUCAUACGCAAAGGCGCAGAAACACGAGGAUCUUCGGGCCGCCUUUGACAGAAUUUUUCCCUAUGGUCCAGAGGGGAAACGCCUAAACGGACCCACACAGUUCCACUAUGCUGCUGCAGUGGAAGGCUGCUCCAAAGAUGAUGAUACUGAUGGGAUUCUCGAAUGGUUGGAAGACAUGGAAGUGGCCGGUUUAAAGCCCACUCUGUCUAUCUAUGCCAAGCUAUUGAGUUGUUUUGUCGGUCGCGGUGAUGUUGUUUCUGCUGCCAACGUCUUGGAACAAAUGCGCGACGAUGGUGUCAUGCCUGAUGCAAGAUGUUACACGAUCGUUAUCUCGUUGAUGGCUCGCCGACAAGAUCAUAAAUGGGCGGAAGCUCUUUACCAUCGUGCUAUUAGCGAGGGCGUUGUUCCUGACGCUAUAAUGAUGACCUCUGUUAUGAACGCUUAUGUGGAGGCAGGAGAGUGGCAAGGGGUCAUCGAUUUUUUUGGACGGCUGACGAAGAAUCGGCAACGUCGACCUGGAUUUACCAUCGACAUCUUCAACACGUUACUCAAGGCCUAUGUUUUGAUUGGCGCUCCGUUCGGCCUUGUUGCCAAGUUAUUCCUCAAACUCGAAGGCCAGGAGUCGAUACGAGCGAACCCCCACACAUACGCGCUAUUAGCCCAGUCUGCAUGUGAUGCAGGGGAUUUAGAUGCGGCCUCUGACAUAUACCAUGAGUGCUCAAGGAUGGUCGAGGAGCAAGGCGCCUCUGAGAAACUGAUCAAUGUUUAUAUUCUUACCAUCAUCAUGGCUGGUUAUCUUCGGAAGCAAGACAAAGAGCAUGCGAAAGCGGUAUACGAUGAAAUGAUCGCAAAAAACCUCCAACCAAAUGCUGUUACAUUCGGAACCAUCAUAAGGGCAUACGCGACUGAGCAGACAAGGGAGAGCAUAGAAUUGGCGGAGCAAUUUGUUCAAAAUCUGAAUAUCGGUUCAAGUGAAAAGAAAGAGUGGAAAAUCAAAUCCUUUGGACGACGUUCCUGGAAGGACAGCAUUUUCUUGCCUCUCCUGGCGGCGUAUACAAAACGAGGGGAAGUGGAAGAUGCUGAGCGAUUAUAUAGAGAGAUCGGCGAUGAUACCUCACCCAUUGCUGCCUUGACUCUUCUCCUCGACGUCUACCGCCGCGUCUCCGACACCGACGCUGUUCUUCGAGUUUGGUCGGAGCUUUACAGGUUGGGUCUAGAGCACGUUCAUACCGGUGAUAUAUUCAAGUUCAAUGAUACACAUUCACCGCCCGGGACGCAAAUCACACGAGUUUUGGGACGGCCACUUUCCAUCUUGAUUGAUGCACUAUCAACAGCUGGACGUCAUCGUGAGGUCUUGGAAGCUUGGAAGGACUACGAGCAACAAGGAUUACACUUUGAUUCUCUAUCGUGGAAUGGUCUUGGGGUGGCUUUUAUUCGCGCUGGAGACCUCGAGCGCGCGUUUGGAGUCAUCGAGGACAUCAUCAUACCGAUGAGACGCCAAGCCGAACAACUUUUGGUUGGAUUAUCUCGCUCUGACCGUACUUCCUUGCCACUACCCGAUCCUUCAGAACCCCCAUUGCACAUACAGGCAUAUCGAAGGAGAACAGUUAGGAUCGCGACCGCGCGUCUGCUUCAAUAUCCAGAAUUCGAAGAUGACAGCAUCAAUACCAAACGAUAUGAGCAACCACUACAAGAUUUACAAAGAAUUGUUCCAACCUUCGAAAUCUGGCGUCCACAUAUUAACCUUCUUCGAAACAUGCUUCUGUCUGUGUCGACUCUGGAGUCUGGGCGUCUCGUCAGACCAACGACUACUACUAGUCCGGAUUAUCGCCCCUCUGAUCCUGAAGAGGGCCCUCAAGCGCGACAGCUCCUGGAUAGGUUAUUCGCCAACUAUCCGAACGCCAUUCAACUCCUCCUGCAAUUCCAGAUGAGAGAGCAACGUAGACUAGGGCGCAACCGAUAUGAUCGAUUAUACCGAUGGGGAUCAGGAUCAACAUGA